GGAGGACGCACUGAGGAGGGGCCUGUUCUUCCUCCACAGCCGAUUGGGUGGGCUUAUGUAGGGAGGAAAGGGGUCCCGGGGUCAUCUACAGUGGUAGGAUGGCGGGGGUGAAUGGAGACCGUAAGGGGAAGAAAGAUGACAAUGGGAUCGGCACAGCCAUUGACUUCAUGCUGUCCAAUGCCAAGCUUGUGCUGGGAGUGGGAGGAGCAGCCAUGCUCGGCAUUGCAACGCUCGCUGUCAAAAGAAUGUACGACCGUGCCAUCAGUGCUCCCACCAGCCCCACCAAGCUCGAGCCCACGGGAAAGAGAAGCUGGGAGGAGCCGGCCUGGAUGGGUUCGUCACCGCGGGUCCUGAGCCGUGACAUGAAGUCCACAGUCAGCAGGUCUCUCCAGACUCUGCCCACUUCCUCACAUGCUUUUGAACCAGACAGCCUAUCUGGAGGAUUCUUGCUCUUCCUUUACCACUGCCUGCGUCGGGCUGUGGGUCGAGCUGCUGUGGGAGGAAGUGGCGCCACUCAAUCGGACCUGCAGCGGGCCCGAAAGCGUCUGUCCCUGCAGGAACACCUGUGGGAGUUCUACCAGAAUAAUGUGAACAUCCCUUCUGAGGAGCAGGCUGUGGCAAGGAGGGCAGCGCUGGACAUCUGUGCCGAACUCCGAGUGUUCCUCCGUGCCAAGCUGCCCGACAUGCCUCUCAGAGAGAUGUACCUGAGUGGCAGUCUGUAUGACGACCUGCAGGUGGUGACGGCGGACCACGCCCAGCUCAUGGUGCCUCUCAUCUUGGAGAAGAACCUGUGGUCGUCCAUCCCCGGGGAGGACACCAUCAUGAAUGUUCCAGGUUUCUGGCUCAUCCGCAGGGAGAACUUGGAGUAUUUCCCACGGAACAGCAGCUACUGGGACCGCUGCAUGGUCGGAGGCUACCUCUCCCCGAAAUCAGUCCUCGAGGUCUUCGACAAGCUCGUGGCCGGCUCCAUCAACUGGCCGGCGAUCGGGACCGUCCUCGACUACAUCAUCCGUCCCGUGGUUCCCUCCGAAACACUGACCCUGGAGGUGCAGUACGAGACGGACCGGCGACUGUACGUGGACUUCCUCCCGCUGCUCGUGAUGGAGGACGGCACCUCGCUGAUCGCCAAGCCCCACCGGCUCGCCGCGGAGCGCCACGAAAACCUGUGGCGGCAGAGCUUCCGCGUGCCCGAGACGGCGCGACUCAGGGCCCUGGACCAGGAGGACGGAGGCUGCCGCUGCGCCUGCCUGAAGCUGGCGAAGGCCGUGUGCAAGCUCAACCCCGCCCUGAACCGGCUCAACGCCAGCCAGCUCACCAACGCCAUCCUGUUGCUUUGCGAAAAAGAGGGCGACUGGACCCAGGAGGCGCUGGCCGACCGGUUCCUGCAGCUGCAGCGAGCGCUGGUGGGACAUCUCGAGGCGGGGAGGCUGCCGUGUGCCCUCAGCCCGAAGGUUAACUUGUUCUGUGAACUGACUGAACAGGAGGUGGACGAGCUGGGGUACACGCUCUACUGCGCCCUCUCGGAACCCGAAGAGCUGCUGAGAACUGCGGCGGCCCAGCCGCCCCCCCGCCCCUGACGCCCUCGUCCGAGAACGCCACGACGCGGCAGCGGGGCGGCGACACGUCGGCCACGGUUUAGUGGGCAGUGGUGACCUCGAGCCAGAUUACGGUUCCUGUAAUAAACGACAGCAUGGCCUCAUC